UCUCUCACACACACGCACACUCUCUCAAAAUUCUGCCCUCGCCGGCCCUUUCGGCUGAGAAGAAAACAAAAAAAAGAAAAAAACAGAUGAAAACAAAAAAAAUUCAAAUUUACACCUAAACACGGGAAUAACGACGCCGUCUCCAGCAUUUUCGAUUCCGUUCUGUUUUUCAGUCGUCGGAAAAAGCUUUAUUGGCGGCCCGAUACAGGGAUAGAGUAGUAGAUGUUUUUGUAUGUAUAGUCUGAUACGCUCGUAGGAGAACACAGUGUAUUGUUGGUGGUGGAGAUAGAUAGAUAGAUACAAAUAGGAGCAAUGUCGGAGGAUGAGAAGUUGUUGAAGGAGGCGAAGAAACUGCCAUGGGAAGAUAGGUUAAUGCAUAAGAAUUGGAAGGUGAGGAACGAUGCUAACAUCGACUUGGCUGCCGUCUGCGACUCCAUUUCCGAUCCUAAGGACCCGCGCCUCCGGGAAUUCGGACCAUUUUUUAAAAAGACUGUUGCGGACUCGAAUGCGCCGGUACAAGAGAAGGCGUUAGAUGCCCUAAUUGCCUUCUUAAAAGCUGCUGAUGCUGAUGCUGCGAGAUAUGCAAAAGAAGUAUGUGACGUGAUAGUGGCAAAAUGCAUGACGGGAAGGCCAAAGACGGUGGAGAAGUCACAAACGGCAUUUAUGCUGUGGGUGGAGUUGGAAGCUGUUGAGCAAUUCUUGGAUGCCAUGGAGAAAGCAAUAAAAAAUAAAGUUGCUAAAGCUGUUGUUCCCGCAAUAGAUGUCAUGUUUCAGGCCUUAAGUGAAUUUGGCUCUAAGAUUGUGCCACCAAAGAGAAUAUUGAAGAUGCUUCCUGAACUAUUUGAUCAUCAAGAUCAAAACGUACGUGCAUCGUCCAAAGGACUAACAUUGGAGCUUUGUCGUUGGAUUGGUAAAGAUGCCGUUAAAUCAAUUUUACUUGAGAAGAUGCGUGACACAAUGAAAAAAGAGUUGGAAGCAGAGCUUGUCAAUGUGACAGGGACAGCUAAGCCAACCCGCAAAAUAAGAUCUGAGCAAGACAAGGAGCCAGAACAUGAAGCUGCUUCUGAGGCUGUGAUUUCUGGGCCAUCUGAAGAAGCUGCAGCUGAAGUUCAUCAGGAGAUAGAUGAGUAUGAACUUGUUGAUCCCGUUGAUAUAUUGACGCCCCUGGAGAAGUCUGGUUUUUGGGAUGGAGUGAAAGCUGCAAAGUGGUCAGAGCGGAAAGAAGCUGUUGCAGAGUUAACCAAGCUUGCAUCUACCAAAAGGAUAGCUCCUGGUGAUUUCACAGAGAUAUGCCGGACACUUAAGAAGCUCAUUACAGAUGUAAACAUAGCUGUUGCAGUGGAAGCUGUCCAAGCAAUUGGAAAUCUUGCAAGUGGAUUAAGAACACAUUUUUCAGGGAACUCUCGCCUUCUUUUGCCUGUUUUGCUGGAAAAACUGAAGGAGAAAAAACCUGCUUUGGCAGAGUCUCUUACUCAAACACUCCAGGAAAUGCACAAAUCAGGGUGCUUAAAUCUUGCUGAUAUUGUUGAAGAUGUUAAGGUUGCUGUUAAGAAUAAAGUACCCCUUGUGCGGUCUUUGACUUUGAACUGGGUUACAUUUUGCAUUGAGACAAGCAAUAAAGCUGUCAUCCUCAAAGUACACAAGGAGUAUGUGCCAAUAUGCAUGGAGUCACUAAAAGAUGGGACACCUGAAGUUAGAGAUGCCGCUUUCUCAGCUUUGACGGCGAUAGCUAAGUCUGUGGGCAUGAGACCCUUGGAAAAGUCGCUCGAAAAACUUGAUGAUGUCAGGAAAAAGAAGCUUACAGAAAUGAUUGGUGGCUCUGGAGGUGGUCCAGCAGUAGUUUCCAGUUCAGGUGCAAUUCAAGCUUCAGUAGGAAGUUCGUCUUCCUUGGAGGUUUCAGACGGAUCAUUUGCUAGGAAAUCUGCAGCAAGCAUGCUGAGUGGGAAGAAACCUGUUCAGGCAGCUGUAAGUAUUCCUGCUAAUAAGAAAGCAGCAUCAACUAAAUCGGGUGUUAACAAAAAGGGGGAUGGAUCUGGGCAUGCAAAAGUUUCAAAGCCUGCAGAAACUGAAGAUGUUGAGCCAGCUGAAAUGAGUCUUGAAGAAGUUGAAGAGAAAUUGGGUUCCCUAAUUCAAGCAGAUACUACAUCUCAAUUGAAAAGUACUGUGUGGAAAGAGCGGCUGGAAGCUAUUGGCUCUUUCAAGGAACAGGUUGAAGCAAUACAAGAACUUGAUCCAUCAGUGGAGAUUUUGGUACGUUUGCUUUGUGCUGUUCCAGGCUGGGGCGAGAAAAAUGUUCAGGUUCAGCAGCAGGUUAUUGAGGUUAUUACUCAUAUUGCUUCAACUGCUUCAAAGUUUCCAAAAAAAUGUGUCAUGCUAUGCCUUCUAGGUAUUAGUGAAAGAGUUGCUGAUAUAAAGACAAGAGCUCAUGCAAUGAAGUGUCUUUCUACUUUUUGUGAAGCUGUUGGUCCGGGCUUUGUUUUCCAGAGACUAUACAAGAUCAUGAAAGAGCAUAAGAAUCCUAAAGUUCUUAGCGAAGGGAUUCUGUGGAUGGUUUCUGCAGUUGAUGACUUCGGAACCUCACAUUUGGUUCUGAAGGAUCUAAUAGAUUUCUGUAAAGAUAUUGGGUUACAAUCUAGUACUGCUGCCACUAGAAAUUCAACUAUUAAACUCAUUGGUACAUUGCACAAGUAUGUCGGUCCAGGUAUUAAAGGAUUUCUAUCGGAUGUAAAACCUGCUCUUCUCACUGCACUUGAUGCAGAGUAUGAAAAAAAUCCAUACGAGGAGUCUGCAGCACCUAAAAGAACUGUUAAGGCAGCAGAGUCCAUGUCAUCGUCCUCAGGUGGUGGGCUAGAUAGCCUUCCACGUGAAGAUAUUAGUGGUAAGAUCACACCUGUUCUGCUCAAGGGCUUGGAAAGUACAGAUUGGAAGAUACGACUUGAAUCUAUCGAAACUGUGAAUAAAAUCAUUGAAGAGGCUAAUAAGCGUAUUCAACCAACUGGAACCGGGGAGCUAUUUGGGGCUCUUAGAGGCCGGCUAUAUGAUAGCAACAAGAAUCUAAUAAUAGCAACUUUGUCUACUAUUGGCGGUGUUGCAUCUGCUAUGGGAGCAGCUGUAGACAAGUCAAGCAAGGGGAUUCUGUCAGAUGUUUUGAAAUGCCUGGGUGACAAUAAAAAGCAUACGCGGGAAUGCACUUUGAGCACUUUAGAUUCUUGGCUAGCUGCUGUUCAUCUUGAGAAAAUGAUUCCUUAUAUUACAACUGCAAUAACGGACGCUAAACUUGGUGCGGAAGGUCGCAAGGAUCUUUUUGAUUGGUUGUCCAAACAACUGAAUGUGUUAGUUAACUUCCCUGAUGCCACACAGCUGCUAAAGCCUGUGGCUUCUUCUAUGACGGAUAAAUCAGCUGAUGUUCGACAUUCAGCAGAAGCGUGCUUUGCUGAAAUUCUCAGGAUCUGUGGGCAUGAAGUGGUGAGCAAGAAUUUGAGAGAUAUACAAGGACCUGCUUUAGCAAUUGUUUUGGAAAGGUUGAAGCCAUAUGGAGGUCUUCAUGAAACGUUUGAAUCUGGAAGAGUUUCUGCUGCAUCAAAAGGCAGCUCAAAGAUCGGAAAGUCAAACGGCUAUGGUGAUCGUCCAACUAGACAUGGAAGCAAAGCUAAUUCUUCAAGAGCUAUCCCAACAAAAGGCCCAAGGCAAGAGUCCCUUAUGUCUGUUCAAGACAUUGGUGUCCAGUCACAGGCUUUGCUUAAUGUCAAGGAUUCAAACAAGGAUGAUAGAGAGAGAAUAGUUGUCCGCAGAUAUAAGUUUGAGGAGAUACGGUCAGAACAGAUACAAGAUCUUGAGAAUGACCUUAUGAGGUUCUUUAGAGAGGAUUUGCACAGGAGGCUUCUAAGUACAGACUUUAAGAAGCAAGUUGAUGGGAUUGAGAUGCUGCAGAAGGCGCUCCCAUCCAUUGGAAAAGAUAUAAUAGAAGUUUUAGAUGUGCUCUUGAAGUGGUUUGUUAUGAGAAUAUGCGAGUCAAACACUUCAUGCCUGCUCAAGGUGCUGGAAUUUCUUCAUGAACUUUUUGACAUGUUGAAGAAUGAGGGGUACAUCAUGACUGAAGCAGAGGCUGCAAUUUUUCUUCCCUGUUUGAUUGAAAAGUCUGGACAUAACAUAGCACAAGUACGAGAAAAGAUGCGGGAGUUAAUUAAGCAAAUAAUCCUUACAUACUCUGCAGCAAAAACAUUUCCAUAUAUUCAGGAGGGCUUACGGUCUAGAAAUAAUCGAACUCGAAUAGAGUGUGUUGAUCUUGUUGGUUUCUUACUUGAAAACCAUGUUUCAGAGAUUUGGGGACAUCUGAAGUCGUUGCAAUCAGUUGCAAGCUUAACAUCGGAACGAGAUGGUGAUAUUAGGAAUGCUGCUUUAAUUACUUUGGCUACUGGAUACAAGAUUCUUGGUGAUGACAUAUGGAAAUUCGUCGGAAAGUUGACAGAGGCUCAAAGGAGCAUGUUAGAUGAAAGAUUCAAGCGGAAGGCACGGGAGAUGGACAAAAGAAAGGAGGGAAAGCCCGGUGAGAUUAGGGCAGUAUUAAGGCGCUCCGUGAGGGAUAAUGGAUUGGAUCUAGCAGAACAAAGCGGUGAAGUUUCCAGGUCUACUGUUGGCCCAUUAUCCAAUAGGGACAGUUAUAGUCAUUUAGAGUUUCAAAUGGAUAGAGCUCCAAUCCCUCGGACUGUUCCUGGCACAGUUGGUCCUACGGACUGGAAUGAAGCUCUGGAUAUAAUAUCAUAUGGUUCCCCAGAACAGUCCGUUGAAGGAAUGAAAGUUGUGUGCCAUGAGUUGGCCCAGGCCACUAGUGAUCCCGAAGGCAGUGCUAUGGAUGAUGUGGUUAAAGAUGCAGAUAGACUUGUUUCAUGCUUAGCAAACAAGGUAGCUAAAACUUUCGACUUUAGUCUGACGGGCGCCUCCUCAAGAUCUUGUAAAUAUGUCCUGAACACGCUCAUGCAGACAUUUCAAAACAGAAGACUUGCCCAUGCCGUCAAGGAGAGUACUCUUGAUAGCCUAAUUACUGAGCUUUUGCUUUGGCUUUUGGAUGAAAGGGUUCCUCGGAUGGAUGAUGGCAGUCAACUUUUGAAAGCUUUGAAUGUCUUGAUGCUCAAAAUAUUGGAUAAUGCUGACAGAACGUCAUCCUUUGUUGUGCUCAUUAAUCUCUUGCGGCCUCUUGACCCAUCAAGGUGGCCAUCUCCGGCAAUAAACGAGUCUCUUGCUAUAAGAAAUCAGAAAUUUUCAGAUUUGGUUGUCAAAUGUCUGAUCAAACUGACAAAGGUUUUGCAAAGUACUAUUUAUGAGGUUGACCUUGAUCGCAUUCUCCAAAGCAUUCACAUAUACCUUCAAGAGCUAGGAAUGGAAGAAAUUCGCAAAAGGGCGGGAGCUGAUGACAAACCGUUGCGCAUGGUCAAAACUGUCUUGCAUGAACUUGUGAAGCUUCGUGGAACUGCCAUAAAGGGUCACCUUUCAAUGGUUCCAAUAGAUAUGGAACCCCAACCAAUUAUACUUGCCUACAUAGAUCUUAACCUUCAGACCUUGGCAGCAGCCAGAAUGUUAUCCCCAUCUGGGCCUGUCGGCCAAACUCAUUGGGGAGAUUCCACGGCCAAUAAUCCAGCUCCUGCAACCCAUUCUGCAGAUGCACAAUUGAAGCAAGAACUUGCUGCAAUAUUCAAGAAAAUUGGUGACAAGCAAACUUGCACCAUCGGCCUUUAUGAGCUGUACAGGAUUACGCAAUUAUACCCCAAGGUUGAUAUAUUUGCUCAGCUGCAAAAUGCUAGUGAAGCAUUUCGAACUUACAUUAGAGAUGGUUUAGCACAGAUGGAGAAGACUACGGCUGCAGGAAGGACGCCUUCAAGCGUACCCUUGUCGACCCCUCCUCCUGCUGCACUUAACCUAUCUUCCCCAAAAUUUGGUGCUUUGUCACCAGUAAAUACUAAUCCGCUUAGUGAAGCAAAAUCAAUGAACACUAAAUUAGAAGCUACAAACUUCAGUUUGCCACCAUCAUAUGCUGAAGAUGAUCGAGGCAGUAAUCCUGCCCUUUCAAGGGGCCCCAGGUUUGAUCAGUCAGAUUCAAGGCAUCAAUCUGGGGACCAAAGAAACGACAGAUUACCAUCUGGAGUUACAAGUGGAGCAUUAGAUGCAAUAAGGGAAAGAAUGAAGAGCAUUCAAUUAGCUGCAGCUGCAGGAAAUCAGGAGCCUGCAAACAAGCCCGUGAUAGCUGUGAAUGGGAAUUUAGGUCAUCCCCUGCCAAAUCAGUUUCCCCUCGCCACUGAGCAUGCGAGUAUUGAAAAUUCAAUGCCGGGAGGGGUUCUUCCUAUGGAUGAGAAAGCAUUAUCUGGGCUUCAGGCACGAAUGGAGAGGCUAAAAAGUGGGUCCAUUGAACCUUUAUAGGGAGAGCAAUCACUUCUGGGAAAAUCAUCAAUUCUUUUAAGCAUCUAGGUGUCAUUGUGCCAAAAAGAUGCUGAUUUUGUAAAUGAAGAGCGUGUGUCCUGGUGUAAUUAUAGGGCUGCCUUGAGUACGCAUCCAUCUUUGGUGAUGGAAAAGACUCGUCAAGAUUUAUUAAAGGUUGCUUUUACAGCUGAGAUUGUCCUGUAAGAAAUUGGCAACUGGAUUAUUCUGAUUUACUCUUUCUUUGUAUAUUGUAGGUUGUUCCUUUGUCAUGUUUGGCAUUUGAUAAAUGUUUAAUGAAAAGUUUUUGAUGUGUCAAUACAACCAAAUUUUGAUACCAAGUGUAUGUUUGAUGAUGGAUUUCUCCGAUUGGAGGUGGUA